CAUGCAAUUCUGCCAACACUGUCACUUAUAUUACUGCCGCCGAUUUAGUUAGCUCUAGUUAUUAUCAGGAGAUGUGUUUUGACUUUUGGCCGUUAAAAUGACGAACCUAAGCCCAUUCGUCUACUGGUCACAGACCAAACAGACCCUGCUGCUCAAAGUCGACCUCAAAGAUGCCAAGGGCGCUAUCGCGGACUUUUCGCCGGUUUCAGUGAACUUCAGUGCCAACGGCUACGGAGCCCGCGGGGUGAAUGCAUACAAGUUUCAACUCCACUUCUACUCCCUGAUUGACGACGAGACGGCGGGCUUCGUGGUCAGCGACAACAAGAUCGAGCUGCAAAUCCGGAAAUUGGAGCCCGCCUGGUGGCCGCGUCUGGUGGCCACCCCCCAGAAGCCCCACUGGCUGAAGAUAGACUUUGACCGCUGGCGAACGGAGGACGAUGCGGAGCUGGAGGACAAGCCGCGCGACGUGCGCGAGGACUACGAGAAGGAGUACGCCGAGCUGCAGAAGCGAGAGCUCGGCUACAUCAAGGAGAAAACGAAGAAGGUCUACAUGAUUUUCUACAACCUGGCCAUGUUCGUGGGCUACCUAUACAUGGUGGCGGUCAUGGGCGUGCUCUACUAUCGCGAUGGCGCCGAGAGCAUCGGCAAAAUGUACGCCAAUGUGGGGAAUGCAUUUAAGUUCGUCCAGUUGCUGCAGUAUCUGGAGGUGAUGCACCCGCUCUUCGGCUACACCAAAGGCAGCCCGGUAGUGCCAUUCUUCCAGGUGUCCGGGCGCAACUUUAUUCUGUUCCUGAUGAUCGACAUGGAGCCACGCAUGCACGCCAAGCCCGUGGUUUUCUAUGUUUUCGUCAUCUGGUCCCUAGUGGAGCUGGUGCGCUAUCCUUUCUAUCUGGCCCAGCUGCUGGGCCGGGAGGUGGGCCUGCUCACCUGGCUGCGCUACACGAUAUGGAUCCCGCUGUACCCCAUGGGUAUCCUCUGCGAGGGCAUCAUUAUACUACGUAAUAUUCCCUACAUCGAUGAGACAAAGCGCUUCACCGUGGAAAUGCCCAACACUUGGAACAUCACCUUCGACAUGGUGCUCUUCCUGAAAAUAUACCUUCUGCUGCUCAUUCUGCCUGGUAGCUACUUGGUUAUGUCGCACAUGGCCAAGUUGCGGGCCAAGAAACUUGGACGGGGCCGCGCCAAGCGUCGGCAGCAGCACCUGCAUGCCGACUAGUUCAGAACAAGGUUCUUUUGUUUUCCUAUUUUCAUUUAACUUAAGCAAAAAGUCCAAAGAUUACAAAACAUACUAUACCACACUGACUUUCAUUAAAACUUUUCUUAGUAUUGCAA